AUGCCGGGUGGGACGAGGGCAUCUAGGCUGGCUUUGAAGACCCAGCCAGCUCCUGGCCUUUCCGGGAGUUCUGCGCACACUGUGGGGGAGUGGGCGUGGGCGGAGCGGAUUGGCCACGGGGCUGCGGGGGCAGGACCCUGCCUGAGCCGGAGCCUUGCGGGCUGUGGGGUCCCUGAGCCCAAGUCUGAGGUGCUGCAGAUUCUGGAGCUGAGAGGUGCAGGGAGGGACUGGUUCUUGAAGGGAAACCUCCUUCUCAUCAUCGUCAGUGUGUUCAUCAUCCUUCCGCUGGCUCUCAUGAAACACUUGGUCUACCUGGGGUAUACCAGUGGUCUUUCUCUGACCUGCAUGCUGUUUUUCCUCAUUUCGGUCAUCUAUAAGAAAUUCCAGCUUGGCUGUGCUGUGGGCUGCAAAGAAACAGCAAUGCAGAGUGAGGCUCCACUGGGCCACCACACCCAGGGCCUCAACAGAAGCUGUGAGGCCCAGAUGUUCACAGUUGACUCAUAGAUGUCCUAAACAGUGCCCAUCAUGGCUUUUGCCUUCGUCUGCCACCCUGAGGUGCUGCCCAUCUACACCAAGCUCUGCCAGCCCUCCCAGCGCCGAAUGCAGGCUAUAGCCAGCGUGUCCACUGGGGCCAUGUUCUGCACGUAUGGGCUCACAGCAACCUUUGGAUACCUCACCUUCUACAGCAGCGUCCAGCCAGAGAUGCUGCACAUGUACAGCCAGAAGGACCUGCUCAUUCUCUCUGUGUACCUGGCCGUGCUGCUUGCAGUGACCCUCACUGUGCCAGUUGUGCUGUUCCCUAUUCCCCGGGCUCUGCAGCAGCUGCUCUUCCCAAGCAAGGCUUUCAGCUGGCCACGGCAUGUGGCCAUAGCCCUGGUCCUGCUUGUAUUGGUCAACGUCCUUGUCAUCUGUGUGCCGACUGUCCAGGAUAUCUUCAGGGUUAUUGGUUCCACUUCAGCACCCAGCCUCAUCUUCAUUCUUCCUAGCAUCUUCUACCUCCACAUUGUACCCUCUGAGGUGGAGCCCUUCUGCUCCUGGCCCAAGGUCCAGGCCCUGUGUUUUGGUGCCCUGGGGAUCCUCUUCAUGGUUAUCAGUCUGGGCUUUUUGUUUGCCAACUGGGCCACAGGCCAGAGCCGUGUGUCUGGACACUGACCAUGCCCUGCCCCGCCCGGGGACCCCUGCGCAUGUGCAUGUGGAAGCGAAUGGGAUGCUCUCCCAGCUUCCUCCUGCCUGGUAUGUGGAGGUGGCUGUUGGAGGUGGCAGGCUGCCGAGUGGUCCAUUUCUAUCCUCUCCAGGGAUCAUGGCCUUAAUUCCAACUUUCCAGGAGGAGGAAGAGGUCAGGUUCUUGGAGCCCCCUGGCCAGCCCAGUCCUAUGGGCCUCCUCUUGGCAGAAACUGUUUGUCAGGAUCACCCUUGGGCUAAAAGGGAAGAAUAAAGGUGCUAAAUUCUAACUCUGGCUUCAGAAUUCUGAUCUCUUUUUAAGACUUGGGGGAACUCGCCUAGGUCCAGGCAGGGGUAAACUGAGGCCCUGAGAGUAGGACUGUACCUACUCUCACAUGUUCACUCAUUUCUCAUUCCUUCAGUAACUUGCUACUCAACUUAUUGUUCUACUCACUUGCUCACUCAGGAAACAUUUAUCUAUAACAUACUGGGUAUCAGGUACUGUUUUAGGUGCUGGGGAUAAAGCUGUGAACCAAGCAAACAGUAAUCGCCUGGAGUUGAUGUUCUAGCAGAGUCUGCAAAUCAUGGCCUGCAGGCCAAAUCCAGCCUGCUGCCUAUGUCUGUAUGGCCUGUUAGCUAAGAAUGGUUUUCACGUUUUUAAAUGGUUGAAAAAAACCAAAACAAGAGUAAUAUUUUGUGACACUUGCAAAUUAUGUGAAAUUCAAAUUUCAGUGUACAUAAAUAAAGUUUUAUUGGAACAGAGUAAUGCUUGUUUGUUGUGACAACAGUAGAGCUGAGGAGUAGCCACAGAGACCAUAUGGCCUGCAAAGCCUAAGCUAUUUACUAUCUGGCCCAUAUCAGAGAAAGUUUCUGACCCAUGGUUUGGUAGAAGUUACAGGAAAAGAAAUAAAUCAUUUGUGAUAAAGAUGAACAGUAUGAGGAAAAUGAGCAGUGUGAGAAUGGCAUGUCAGAGAGGCCUCACUGAGGAGGGGCAGGAAGCUGGGUCCUAGACUGACCAGAAGGAGCAAGCCCCAUGGCUAUCUGGGCAAAGGGUGUUUCAGGCAGAGGGAACAGCAAGUGCAAAGAUCCUGAUGUAGGAACGAGUAUGGGAGGUUCAAGAAAAAGUAAGGAGAAGGUCAGUGUGGCCAUUUUUCACACCCACUGGCAUUGUAGGUGUGAUGGUUAAGAUUGUGUGUCAACUUGGCUGGGCCAUGAUUCUCAGUGUUGAUAUGUGAUCACUCCCAUGAUGGGAUCUGCUGUGAGUAGCUAAUCAAUUGAAGGGAGCUUCCUUGGGUGUGUGGCCUGCAUCCGAAUAUAAGCAGAUGUUCUGGCUUUUU